CUUACUUGCUGUGUUGGCAUUGUGUCACUGAAUGAUGGUGCAGCUGGAUGGUCUCUCUCAUUACAGCAGUGGCUUAGAGUUCGUCCAGAACAGGAACAACAGUUGUUGGGAAAAUUGAUGGAUGAACAUGUGGAUGCUGCAAUGGAAUAUUUGUCAACAUUGACCGGGUCUGUGUUGCCAUUUAAUGCACACAAUGCUGCAUUAACUUUGUGCUCUCUUUUGGAGGCUCUUCUGUUGGAUGGCACGAGGAUGAGCGAAGUAGAGUAUAUCAUGGUAUUUAAUUAUGCCGCUGUGUGGGCUUUUGGUGGUCAUCUUGAUGAACAUUCACGAGCGUUGUUCAGUGAAUGGUGGAUGAAUCGUCUUUCUGGGGUGGUCACAUAUCCUCAAGAAGGACUGGUAUUUGAUUAUUACGUCAAAACAGGAGAGAAUAGUGGACUUUUCAAGUGGGAGCAUCCUUUGAAUUCUCUUGCCAAACCUACUCGUGUUUAUGAUAUUUUUACUUUUACAAAGGAGAGUGAUUGUAUGUCGUAUUUACUAAGUCUGCUGUCUGAAGUGUCAUGCCCUGUGCUGGUUGUUGGCAAAAUGGGAUGUGGCAAAACGGCUUUAGUAAGGAAGCAUUUCGAUAAUGCUUGCUCUGGAGAAGCAUCUGAUAUGCAGUUUCUGAGUGUAAAUACUAAUCAUUGUACAAUUGGCAAGACACUUUGGAAUCAGAUCAAUGUCUGCUUGGAAUGGAAGUCAGGGCGAACAUAUGUACCACGAGGGAACAAGAAGCUUUUGUGUCUAAUUGAUGACUUGCAUACAGCAAAGGUGGAUUCAACUGGUGUACAGUCUGCUAGUGAAAUGCUAAGACAACUUUUUGACUAUACUGGUCUUUUUGAUCCAACAACAAUGAUGUGGAAGUCUGUGCAGCAGCUGUCAUAUGUGGUCACUUCUGUUCCUUACGUCAAACAUGAUUACCGACGCUAUUGCCACUCUCUUGCUUAUAACAGAAGGCUGCUGCGACACUUUGCCAUUUUGUCUUAUGGCUUUUAUUGUGCUGACAGCAUAUCAACUAUCUUCUCAUAUGUAAUGAAAUCUCAACUGGAUGCUUUCUUGUCUUCGAGCACUGCUGCAGGAAAGGGACCCUCUGUUGAAAUUGAUAUAGCUAUGAUUUCAACUCUCGUAAGAGCUACUGUAGAGCUGCAGUCAAGAUUGGAGUCUUUCUACAUGCCUAUUGUUGAGAGAUGUCAUUAUGCAUUUACUUUAAGCGGUCUCAGCAGUCUAUUUUGUUGCUUGUCUCAGGCAUUAGAGCAAAGGCUGCACAGAGAUGAAUUGCUUCACUUGUGGCACUAUGAGUGUGACUGGGUUUAUGGGCAGAGAAUGAUUAGUACAGUUGACUACAAUCGGUUCUGUCAACUAUUAACAACGAUUGUUCGCAAGCAUUUUAAUGAGGAGUCUGCAACAAGUGCUGUUUUAGGACCAGUUCCUUUGACAAGAGAUUUAGACUUUCUGCGUAAUGAGGAUGUUACAAGCAAGCUAGAGGUUACUGCCUCUCGUUUCCUUGAAGAAUACAAUGCUUGUCAUCCGACAAUCUCUUUUGAUCUUUUUGAAGAAAACAUCAGGCUGCUAUUUCGAGUGGUUGAUUGUUUCAAAUCACCUCUGGAAUCAGGCAAUGUUGUGAUCAUUGGAGAGGGAUCCCCUUCAGUGUGUGUUCCUCUUGCAUAUCUUGGUGCAUUUAUAGCUGGCAUGGAUAUUGCAGAGGUUCUUCCAUCUCCAGCAAAUGAUGCAAAUAUAGCUUGUACGCCCUCCCAUUCAAAUCCGGAAUGCAGACGGCUAUUUGUAACUGAUGAACUCUUAAACAGUGCAGAUUUGCUGCAAUUUCAAUCUAAGCUCGUAGGAGUCUUUAAACAAGCAGGACUGAAAAAUAGCAAAGUUCUGCUGCUUUUGACUGAGAGUGACAUUCUUCAAGAUGAUUAUAUGUCCUUUGUCUGUGACAUCAUUAGUGACUGCUCCAUAUCUCACUUGUUCAGUAAUGAUGAAUACGUAACAAUAGUCAAUUCUAUCCGCCCACAAGUGCUUCAGGCAGGGCUAGUUUAUUCAGAGGUCGAGGCAUGGAAAUUUUUUCUCAGAAAAGUAAAACACAACCUCAGAGUAAUGAUUGUUUUUUACUCUGGCGGAAGACGAUUUCAAACUCUCUGUAACUUAUUGCCUUCUUUGUUCAACAAGAUGGCUAUCAUUUGGCGUAGACAUUCAACAAUGCAAGAGUUGGUAGGCAUGGCUCGAUAUCAGAUGAAAGAUUCUGAUUGGUUGGAUGCUAUUUCAAGAGAAAACUUAGCUCACUUACUGGCUUCAAUGCAUCAGAGAGUUAGGCAAGUUACUGGUGCUGACUGCCAAUUGUCGUGUGCUUCCAGUGGACCGUUCUGUCAUUUGAAUGAUUCAAGUUUUACUAAAUUUGUCAAGAAGUUUAUUGCACUUGUCAACCGUCGUUAUGGCAAAGUUCAUGAGGAGCACAAAAGAUUGAAAAAAGCUAUAGAGUGUGUUGAGUCAAUUUCUAAGAAAGCUAGAGAAUUGGCUGAUGUAAUGGUAAGGGAAAAGACCGUUCUUGAAGACAAAGUGCACAGUGCACAAAGUUUUCUGUCACAACUUGGGCAAAACAGUGCAAUUAAAGACGAAUACAUGAAGGUAAUAGACAAGCAAAAAGAAAAAAUCUCGCUGUUACAGAAAUCUAGUCCAGAAGUUAAAGCUGCUUACGACAGAGCAUCUAGUGAUGCACAUAGAAUAGCUGAUGAUGUUCACAAAAUUGUUUGCAAAAUUGCCGCAUCAGAUUUAGCAGUUCUGCGACAAGAGGCCCGGCCAAUUGAUGAGAUAUGUCAUGUAUUGUCAGCAGUUAUCUUGAUCCUGAAGUCAACCCAUUAUGACCUGUCAUGGAGCAAAGGAGCCAAGAGAAUAAUGGCCAAUCUUGAUCGUUUUGUUGAGCUACUGGACGGGUUUGAUAAGCUUGAGCCAAGUGUUGAUCAACUAGCAAUAGUAGAUCAGUAUAUGAAACAACCAAGCUUUAGUGUUGAGUCCUUGGAAUGUAAGACAAAUGUUAAGGUUGUGCCGCUGUUGUGUUUGUGGGUUCGUGGUGCAGUUCAAUACUACACAAUGAUGCAUAGUCGAGUCAAGCCACUAGAUGAAAAGUAUGGCAGAAUUGAAAAGAUUCUUGAAUCAUGCCGCAUGAAGCUGAAGACAAUAGAGAACAAAGUUGCAGGGUUUGAACAGCGUCUAGUUCGGUUGAGAGAUGCUUUUGAAUCUUCAACUAUAGAAAAGAUGCAGCAAAAACAACAAGUGCUAAACCUGGAAAUACAGUUAAGUCGAGCUGAACAAUUUGCUAGUCAUAUGGCAUCACAGUUGUUGUUUUGGCAAAGAAAAACGGAAUCGUUGUCAGAAAGAGAAGCUGGCAUUACUGGAUCAUCAGCUGUUGCUGCUGGUAUGGCAACGUACCUAGGUCCUUUUCUUGAUCAUUAUGGCAUUCGUCAGUCUUUGCUUUCAAAAGAAUGGCCAGACUGCUUAUGUCAAAGAGGAGUUCCUCUAGUAUUGCCUGGAGUGGAUGGGCAGAAUGUUUUAAAUGAUGUCAAUGUUGCUCUAGAUGAUGCAAUGACCAAUUCCUCAUUGCAAAUCAAUGAAGAGAGUGUGGAUGGAGACAAUAAAAAAUUAAUUGAGUCUCAAGCAAUUAAUUUAUUACUUUCUCUGCAUGUUAAUCCAGCUGAAGUCACCAAUUACCAUUUGUACUGUGAGUCAUUAGUAAGCAUUUUGACUUCACGGGAGAUAGUAGCACGUUGGAAAGCAAUUGGGUUUGGACCAAUAAUGUUGGUGAAUGCGGCCAUAAUUAGGGCAUCUUCAAAACAUUGGCCAUUGAUCAUUGACCCUCAUCAAGUGGGAAUUGCCUGGAUUAAACAGAUCAAACAUGAAAAUGAGAUGACGGUGCUGGAUACUAAUGACAGGCGAACAACGUUAGUGUCUAAAAUGGAAAAUGCUUUAAGUCUUGGUCAACCUGUUCUGUUAUACAACGUCCACGGUCAUCAGCUGAAUCCUAUUUUAAGACCUCUUUUGAGUGUCUUCUCAGAACAUGAAGACGGUGGAAAUUGCUUAGUGAAAUUUGGAAAUAGACGUAUACAAGUGCAUGAAAAUUUUCGUUUGUAUUUGGCAACAGCUGAGGUACAGCAUAACUUGUCUGAGGACAUGGCAUCACAUCUCACAGUUGUCAACUAUUCACCAUCAUUUGAGCUAGUGCAGGAAUGUUUGUUGAACAGGGUGGACAUGCAGCUUUGUCCAGCUGAUAUGUUAACGAAAGAACGCAGCUUAGAGUCUGUUACUAAACGAACAAAAGCUUGCCAUGAGCUAGAAAAUGACCUGAUUGGAUUGCUAGCUGGUGACAGCACAGGUAAUGACAUCCUUGCCAGCGAUGAAGCCAUCUCAGAAGUAGUUGAGAAAGUGUCUGAAAUAUUUAAGUAUCGACACUCACUGGUUGAAGCAACAAGCAGCAUGGAAUUAGUCACUAGGAAAGUUUGGCUUGAUUCAUUGACAGCAUCUGCUGCAUCUUUCUUUGUUCUUCUCAACUCAUUUUCAGUUCUUCACCAUGUGUAUAAUUUUUCUCUUUAUGACUUUUUUGCAACUCUGUCUACGAUUAUUCGAGACAACUUAAAUGACGAAAGAAUAGAGGUAUUAAACAAUGGUAGGGAAGACAGCAAGGAGAAACAGGUCAUAAUUAUGGAUCUGACAAAGACUAUUUUGAAGGAACUGAUACGAUCUUACAGUAGAAGUCUGCAUGUGGAAGAUUGUCUAGUACUGGCUCUGAUGGCGUGUUUCAAUUUUGGUGAAACGGGAAUUGGGUCCCAGUUUGACAGUGAAGAACUGCGUCUUUUAGGAAGAGUCGUUGGUGGUUAUCCUUGCUCAACAGAACAAUCUUUACCAAGUCGUAAGCCUCAGUGGCUGCCAUUAUCAGUUUGGGAUACCUUACAGCAAGUACGUGAUUGGGCAUACAUUUCAGAGAUUAUGGAUGGUUUGUCUUCUGACAUUGAUAAUGUAUGGGCAACUUGGUUUAUGCACUCUCAAGUGGAACACUUGGUGACAGAGUUUCCUUUGGCCAGUUUGUCAGCAGCACAAAAAUUUGUUGUUAUCAGUCUUUUGCGGCCUGAUGGAAUGAUCAAUGCUGCAAAAGAAUUUAUUACAGGCACUUUGGGUGAGCAAGUUAUUGACUUUGCAGCAACAGAUAUUCAGUCAGUGCUAGUCAACUUAACAAACAGAAAAGCAGCUCGGCCAGUUCUCUUUUUGUUCAGUGAUGGAUCAGAUGUUGAUUGCCUUCCCAAAAUUGCACAGCACCUUUCAAAUACUGCAAAGCAUCAAAACCAGCUAUUUGAACACAUAAAGUUAGGAGAGGGCGUUGAGGAGUUUUUCUCAAAAGCUUUGAACAGCAGUAAAGAAACAGAAGAAAAAAGCUAUGUGCUAAUGGAAGAUGUACAUUUAUGGCCUGACCAUUGGUUGAGUCAUCUACAGCAACUGCUUGUAAUGCUAGCAAUUGAAUUAGCUGCUGAUCAGAAAUCUGAAGUGUCAGUCAAGCUAUUUCUUUCUACUUUGCCGUCUACUAAACUACCUCUUAGUUUGAUGCAGACUCUUGACAUCGUCUGUUUGUCAAACAAGAGUUACGGUGACAUUGAUGACAACAAUUCAGUGAAUGACAAUGACCUACUUUUGAAAGAAUCAAGGGUGACCCAGUUGAUAUCAAAGAUGCAAUUGAUAUUGAAGUUUAUACAAGAGGCAAGAUCACAUAGGGAAGAAAGAGGUUUCCGUAGGGAUGAUGGCGACUUUGAUUUCAACACACUUUGUCAAAGCAUUGACAAUUGCCUUGAUCAUAUUCCUUGUACUACUUCCAUCUGUUUUGGACAUGUCCCUGGCAGGAUCAACCAGCAGUUUGAUCCUGGUUCUAAUUCAGUUGCAUUUGUUCUUAUACAGGAAUGCCAAAUGUUCAAUAUGCUGACAUCAUCUGUAGUGAAUUCUUUGAGAUCACUAAAAGAAUGCACACUAUCUGAACAAUACAUUUCUGCUGCUGGCCUUAGGGAGAUGGCGCAGUCAUUGCAGAACGGGCAAGUUCCAGAACAGUUCAUGUUUAAUGCAUUGGAUAAUAGAGACAUUAAUGCUUGGAUCAAAGAUCUUUCUACUCGUUGCGAACACAUGAAGACAUGGCAGAAUGCGUUAGCUGAGAGAAUCAAAACAAGGAAAAUAUCUCUAACAAUGGAGCGAAUGGCAGAAGAUCCAAUUGCUGUUUCUCCAGUGCAAUUAGCAGAUGAGACUAAUCAAAACCCUUGGGUAAUCAGAAAGAUAUGGCUUGGAGCACUAGCCAAUCCCAGACGAUUUGUGACUGCUCUUAGACAUAGUGCUUCACAGUGGCUAGACAUAGCUGCUGAUCAGGUUUUAUUUGAGUGUGAUGUGUUGUUGGAACCAGAUUAUGUUCACUCUAUAACAGAUUCAGGACUCUCCAUUGUAAUGUUGGGCCUCUUUGUUGAGAAUGGGUACUGGGAUAGUGACACCAGAUUGAUCUCUCCCCCUCAGCAAGAGCAAACUGUUGCUAAUCUUUCAUCUGUCUUGGUGACAGCAACAUCUGCUUUUUCUCUUCAUCGUGAAGACAAAAAUGUGUGCAACAUUCCAUUGUUCCGAUCUUUCAAAUUUACGCGGUUUGAGGGUGAAGAGCCAAUAGUUCAGUUUCGUUUGCCUUGUCAGCAAUCAAAUGAGUCAUGGUCCCCUGAUACUGUUGCUUUACUAGUUUCUGUCCCAGGUGUGACAACGUCGUGAAAACAUUUUGUCGGCAUUAAUUAUUUUAUCUUGUCUGGUACACGCUGAUGUUAAUUGUGAGCAAUUAGUGUUUCUGCAACCGUACAUUGAUAGUGCAUAUGCCUAUUAUUGGUAGAUUUGCUUGUGUUUGGCCGCCUACUUGAUUGAUUAGACUGAGUAGUUGCAGAAAUGAAAGUAUUAGAAUGAGUAGUUGCAGAAAUGAA